AUGUCUUCCCAAGUAGAUUACCAAUGGGCAUAUACAAUAAUGGAUUCAUCUCGGGUCUCCACAUUUUUGAUAUCUAUUCUGUUAAUUGUUUAUGGCAGUUUCAGAUCUUUAAAUAUGGAACAGGAAGCCAGAGAAAGAGAAAAAGAAAAAUCUAAGAACUCCAACGGAAGCUCUGUGUGCUUAACAGAUAUUAAUGUUCAAACACUGGAUACUAUGCAAGCUUUGUGUUUGCCUCUUGGAGCUUCAAUAUCACUGUUAGUCAUGUUUUUCUUCUUUGAUUCUAUGCAAAUGUUAUUUGCUAUAUGCACUGCAAUUAUUGCUACUGUUGCAUUGGCAUUUCUUCUGCUGCCCAUGUGUCAGUACAUCAUUAAUCCUUGCUCGGAUGGAAACAAGAUCUCUUUCGGUAUAUGUGGUCGUUUUACUAUGGCUGAGUUGCUGUCUUUUUCAAUGGCAUUGUUUAUAGUUUGUAUCUGGGUACUGACUGGACAUUGGCUGCUAAUGGACGCAAUGGGAAUGGGACUCUGUGUAGCAUUUAUUGCCUUUGUCCGACUUCCUAGUCUUAAAGUGUCCACUCUUCUGUUGACUGGUCUUUUGAUCUAUGAUGUUUUCUGGGUGUUUUUCUCGUCAUACAUAUUUAACACCAACGUUAUGGUCAAAGUGGCAACAAGGUCAGCAGAAAAUCCUGUCGGAGUAGUGGCUCGAAAGUUACACAUUGGCGGAGUUGCCAAAGAAGCACCAAGGUUAUCUCUUCCUGGAAAAUUAGUGUUUCCCAGUAUUCAUAAUGGGCGAUUUUCAAUGCUUGGGCUCGGGGAUAUAGUUAUGCCGGGUCUAUUACUGUGUUUCGUGAUGCGGUAUGAUGCAUAUAAGAAAUCUCAGCUUCUACAUUUCGGAGAAACUGGCGUUCCACCUCCAAGACAUCUUGGCAGAAUAAGUUACUUCCACUGUUCGCUAAUCGGAUACUUUCUGGGCCUAGUUACCGCUACAGUGUCUUCGGAAAUUUUUAAAGCAGCUCAGCCAGCACUACUCUAUCUAGUUCCAUUUACACUGUUGCCUCUUCUGACCAUGGCUUAUUUAAAGGGUGAUUUAAGAAGAAUGUGGAGUGAACCAUUUAUAAUACAACAGCCUUCCAAACAUAUGGACGUAUAG